UCCUGUUGGACGUGAGAUGUGUCCAAGCAUCAGCCCCUUCUGCUUAAGAAAAACUCUUUAACUUCCAUGCAGCCGGCAGGCAGGCUUUCCUAAGAUCCUGUGGACCCAACACUGCAUUGAUACCGUUAUAUAUUUUUAUUUAUAUAUACAUAUACAUGUACACAGGUGUGCAUGUGUAUGUGUGUUUGUAUGUAUGCAUAGAGAGAGCCAGAAAUAGCUAAAUUAAAGCCGCUGCUGCACAGCGAGCUUCUCUAAAAUUUCCUGCUCGUCAGAGUAGCUCUGCAUCGUUCUGUUAAAUACAGCCAGGCGGGAAAGCCAUCAUCCAUCAAUUUUGGGUAACAAGGACGACCUGUUGAACACCUUGCUCUCCGACCCCCGGGAAGAUGCUGGGCUGCCGGAGCACGGAAGAGCCAGGACUGUGCCCCGAACUUCACCCGCUCGGCAGCCGCUGUUCCUAAGCCAUUUCCCCUCUCCUCCCCCGCCUCUUUGCCUCCCGGACCGAGAAUCUGCUCUUUAAAGUUGAUCUGACGGGGAAAGCAGAGACGAGCUUGUGCAUAGUUCGCAGGGUGUUACGUGAGAGUCUCAUCCACUUUCUCCCAAAAUUAAGAAGCUGACUAUUAAGAAAGCAGUUCCCACCCUAAGAAGGUAAAAUUUAAACAAGAUCAAGGAACUGCAGGGAAGAGAGCUUGGCUUGCCCAAGGUCAUGCAACAUAGAGUUUUGGAGGGAAUGGUAGAACCAGGAGCAGAAUGCUGAUGUUUUACUCCCAGGCAACAUCCAGCCCACUGAAAAGAAUUGAUCAUGCAUCAUAGAGGGAACUCUCAGGAUGUGAGGAUGAAGACUGAGAUAAGAGGAUUUACCAGGCAAAAGAGUGGGACCGGAUAAAAGAUGAGUCACUGCCGUUCUUGUAAUGUAGCAGACAGAACUGGAAGGAAUAGGUGUUUGUUUUUAAGCCGCGUUUAAUACCAAGCAGCUAUUGUUAUAAUUCAACUUUUUAAUAAUGGUUUCCUGUAAGUAUUUUGGUUAACAUUGCCAAAUGAUAGCCAAACGGGCUUAUUUUCCGCUGUCAGGACAGGCCUUUUCCUGUAAGUACAAGGUGCUCUACAUCUCCUGAUGGCUUCAGUGGGAGCUCUGACUUCUGAACCCCUGUGAGGUUUCCUUGAAGAACUCGAAUAUAAAGACUUCUGCCCGCCCUUUCCCUCACACGACACACUGAUAGCAGAGCCCUCGCACCUAAAGCAAGCUGACGCCUAGAAGUGCACUAAUUUGCAUUUAUUUGUGUUUCAGAGUUUUUUAAAAAAAUCCUUUUGUGGGAUGAUGUAGCAAACCCUACUGCUCCAGACCAAACCUUCCUGUUGGAGUCGCUGCGACUCUCCUGGCCCGUGACCCGGCCGCACGGUACUGGAUGAAUUUGUGUCAGAGAGUGUAAGUGCAGAAACUGUUGAAAAAUGGCUAAAAAGAAAAAACAACAGACAAGAAGAUGAAUCAACUCCUAAAGAAGUCAGCAGGUAUCAGGAUACGAAUAUGCAAGGCGUAGUGUAUGAAUUGAACAGCUACAUAGAGCAGCGCCUGGAUACAGGAGGAGAUAACCAGCUACUUUUGUAUGAACUGAGCAGCAUCAUUAAAAUAGCUACAAAAGCUGAUGGAUUUGCACUAUAUUUCCUGGGAGAAUGCAAUAAUAGUCUGUGUGUAUUUACACCACCAGGAGCUAAAGAAGGACAACCACGGCUCAUUCCUGCAGGGCCCAUUGCACAUGGCACUACAGUAUCUGCUUAUGUAGCCAGAUCCAGAAAAACGUUGUUAGUAGAAGAUAUUCUGGGGGAUGAGCGAUUUCCCAAAGGUACUGGACUGGAAUCAGGGACUCGUAUCCAAUCUGUUCUUUGUUUACCAAUUGUCACCGCAAUUGGUGAUCUGAUUGGUAUCCUGGAGCUUUAUCGUCACUGGGGCAAAGAAGCCUUCCAUCUUAGUCACCAAGAGGUUGCAACAGCAAAUCUUGCAUGGGCUUCAGUAGCAAUACAUCAAGUACAAGUGUGCAGAGGUCUUGCCAAGCAGACUGAACUGAAUGACUUCUUGCUUGAUGUAUCGAAAACGUAUUUUGAUAAUAUUGUUGCAAUAGAUUCUCUACUUGAACAUAUAAUGAUAUAUGCAAAAAACCUGGUGAAUGCAGAUAGGUGUGCACUCUUCCAGGUAGACCACAAAAAUAAGGAGCUGUAUUCAGACCUUUUUGAUAUUGGAGAAGAAAAUGAUGGGAAGCCUGUUUUUAAGAAGACCAAAGAAAUAAGAUUUUCUAUAGAAAAAGGAAUAGCUGGUCAAGUGGCAAGAACUGGGGAAGUCCUUAACAUCCCUGAUGCCUAUGCAGAUCCACGCUUUAACAGAGAAGUAGACCUCUACACAGGUUACACAACCAGAAAUAUCCUGUGCAUGCCUAUUGUGAGCCGAGGAAGUGUAAUAGGCGUUGUGCAGAUGGUGAACAAAAUAAGUGGAAGUGCCUUCUCUAAAACUGAUGAGAACAACUUUAAAAUGUUUGCAGUCUUUUGUGCUUUAGCCUUACACUGUGCUAACAUGUACCACAGAAUUCGCCAUUCAGAGUGUAUUUACCGUGUAACAAUGGAGAAGCUAUCCUACCACAGUGUUUGUACAGCAGAAGAGUGGCAAAACCUCAUGCACUGUACACUGCCUCCACAUAUUUAUAAAGAAAUUGAACUAUACCACUUUGACAUCAGUCCAUAUGAGGAUGUCUGGCCUGCCAUUUUUGUCUACAUGGUUCAUCAGUCCUGCGGGACAGCCUGCUUUGAACUUGAAAAGUUAUGCCGAUUUACUAUGUCUGUAAAGAAGAACUAUCGUCGUGUGCCCUACCACAACUGGAAGCAUGCAGUUACAGUUGCACAUUGCAUGUAUGCCAUACUUCAGAACAACCAGGGGCUUUUCACUGAUCUGGAGCGAAAAGGUCUUUUAGUUGCAUGCCUAUGUCAUGACCUGGAUCACAGAGGUUACAGCAACAGCUAUCUUCAGAAGUUUGAUCACCCUCUAGCUGCUCUCUAUUCCACAUCAACGAUGGAACAGCACCACUUCUCACAAACUGUGUCCAUCCUGCAGCUGGAAGGGCACAAUGUCUUCUCCAAUCUGAGCUCCAGUGAAUAUGAGCAAGUCCUUGAGAUCAUCCGGAAAGCCAUCAUUGCCACAGACCUUGCCCUGUAUUUUGGAAAUAGAAAACAACUUGAAGAGCUGCAUCAGGCAGGAGCAUUAAACCUUAAGAACCAAGCACACAGAGACAGAGUGAUUGGUCUGAUGAUGACUGCUUGUGAUUUGUGUUCUGUAACAAAACUGUGGCCAGUUACCAGACUGACAGCCAAUGAUAUAUAUGCUGAGUUCUGGGCUGAGGGUGAUGAAAUGAAAAAAACAGGUAUUCAACCCAUUCCUAUGAUGGACAGAGACAAGAAAGAUGAAGUCCCUCAGGGUCAAAUUGGAUUCUACAAUGCUGUAGCCAUCCCAUGUUAUACCACACUUGCACAGAUCUUUCCUCCAACUGGGCCACUACUCCGAGCAUGCAGGGACAAUCUCAACCAAUGGGAGAAAGUAACGAGAGGUGAGGAAGCCUCUAUAUGGAUUACAUCCCAGUCCAUUGCUCCUGGAACCUCAGAUUCACUUCCUGUGAAGACUGAUGACUGAACAGCAGCAACGGAUUGCUUUAACCCUAAAAGCAUCCAUUUGGGAGUUGUUUGUUUUUGUUUUUUUUUUUAAUUUUAUUUUUAUUUUUUUCUUUGACAAAGGAAAAAGAAAAGCUACAAAACGCUAACUAAGAAGCAAAUCUGCCUAUGAAGGUAACGCCCAUGGAGUUACCUCAGCUAAAUGACUGGCAGCCAAUCUCCUGAUCUACACCAGUGACACAACAUGAACAGAGGGAAAAUGACACCCAGAUGUUUUGGAAUCAGCUAUCAAAAGAGAACAUACAACUUGUGAAUAUAAAAGACUGGCUUUAUCUCAUGGGCUACAUUGCUGAGGCCUUAAUUUAAAACUGAUGGGGGAAAAAAAUCUUAGGGGGUACUUCUAAAUUGUAUCUUUCUAGUGAGGGUUUCAAUGGUACUUUUAUUAUACUGUACUGUGGCUGGCUUUAACACCAGUGUCACUUGGGAGUUCUUGGCUAUAAAUAGAACAAUAUACCCAUUGCUAUUGUGAAUGUUUAUGUGUGAUCUACUUGUAAUCAGUUUGAACUCCAGCAGAAUCCUUGGAGACUAUAAUUCAUGCUUAGGUUAUGGUGAAUUUUCUUGCUGCAAACAAAAGAAAAACAACAUUCAGGUUAAAGGUUUACAGUACUUCAUCGUGUCAUGAUGCAAAUCGUCUGUCACCCACAAGGCAAACGCUGAAAGAACUAGUGAUGAUGCUUUGUUCUUCAGAAUUAUUUGAUAAACCUACACAACUCCUCCCUUUAAACACUGGAAGUGCUGGAUGUUUAUCUCCAAUAAGAAGAGGUAUAUAGGCAUAGUUCUGGUUGGAGUUUUUGUAUCCAUAGUGACAGAAGCAUCAGAUUAAAAUGUAAAUGCGACAGCAAAGAUUUCCUUGCCUAGCUUACCAAUAACUGAAGUCAACAUAUUUAUUUCUACCUGCUGAGUUAUAUUCUAAAAGGUAUUAGAGACAUACCUGAAGUAUGCUAUCUGCUGGAAACAAAAGCCCUGUCAGAAAAGUCAAGCCUCAUAAAAGGAUCUGUGGUACCAUCACAAUAAAUCAAAUUUUUUUUUUUAUAGACUAGCUUUUGUGUUGCACAGUAACACUGCUUGUCUUCUACUGCUUUUUCCCCCCAUCCCAAUAAGAGUGGAAUUGGGAAACUUUUCCCUUUUUUUGUUUGCUUUUUUUUUUUACUUAAUUCAGCAAAAUGUCAAGACUUGGAACCACCUUUCUUGGUGAAAGAAUAGCUGUCAGAAGAAAACUACACUAAAAUACUGUGUUUACAGUUCUGUGCUUCAGUUAGGCUUCAGCCUUAAAAUUUUAUGCACAGACUUUAAGACCUUACAUUUAAUGCCACUCUUUUGAACCUAGUGCAAUUGUACAGAGUAUAUUUCGAGAACACUUAAUUUGCCUUCAUCAUUCUCUUGAAAAUAAUAAUAAUAAAAAAAUCUUUGUAUUGAUCCACACAGUAGGUCACAACAUGGUCUUUGUAUACCUUUCACAUACAGCCCAUACUGCAUUACAUGCUUUUUCACAGAUAAAACACUCUUGUAGUGGUUCUGUGAUAACACAGCCGUUUGUGUAACUGUAACUGAUAAUAGUCGUAACAAAGACAAGAACACAAGUUCUCUUUUUCCUUCUCAUGUCUUUUGAGCUGUAUUGUUCUAAUUAGCAUGCCAUCUUCUGGGUUUCAUUUCUGUGACUUGAACUCUUGAGUUUUGCCUUCUGUUAUGGUCGAGCACAUACCAGUGUCUGUACAUGUGUACAGUAUGUGAUGCAUAAUCACAUAAUGUAUAAAUGCACCUAAGCCUUUGCAGUACAUAGAUAUCCCAGAGGUUGAAAAUUCAAUUUGAAGUUAUCUUAUUAGCUUGAUACAGGUUACCUAGCAGCAGCCUCAUAGUUCUUUUCAGUUGUGUUGCCAAUUCUAAGUGCAGAAAUUCAUUGUUAACCACAGUAAAUUAAUUUGAGUAAUAAAAAAAGCAGGAAACUACACCAAAGUAGAAUGGACAGCAUCUCAUGCUGUGUCCUCUGCUUUACUCCUUAGCAGUUCUGCUUUAAUGAAAUCAUGCAGAUGCAGUCUUUCAUCUGCUAAGUACUUGAGAUAAAAUGAGUGGUUCCUAAUUCACACUGAAAUUAUCCAAAUAUAUGGUGACCACAAAAAUAUUUUCCAAAAUUCAGACACCCCAGCAACUCAACUGAACAUUUUUCCUUCGCAAAUUAUUUGCUGUUAUUCUGCCUCUUCUUUGAAUGCUGAUCCUAUAACCUUUGCAAAAACAGUUCUUAUCACACUGUGUCUGUGUUAAGGAGUUCUUAAUUCAUCUUUUAGUCAUUGUCAGUAAAGACAAUUUUGCUAGUUCUGCCACCUACCAUUCAAAAUAUUUCACAGUAUCAUUUAGUGUUUUACAUUUUGAAGUUUAUAAGUACUGAUACAGAAGAUACUUCCCUUACAAAUUUAUGAAAUUGGCAAUAAGUUGUACUAUUAAUGUCUCAAGUCAAUCAGAUGAUUCUUCUAAUAUAGAACUCUCCAAACCACCAAAAAUGUGUGUUUGUUAUAGUAUAAAGUCUAUUAGAAUUAAAAACUUUGGUUCCAGUGGUUGUGGUUUGCUUUCCUGGUGACUGUGACAAAAAGUUCUUUUUGUUAGCAGCUAAACUAACAAAAUUAGCCAUAGUGGCCUAUAUUUUCUAAGCAAAUUCAGCAUGUAAAGAGUAUAGAGUCAGACAUGCAAUUUUUUUACAGAAAAAAACUUAAAUCAGUAGUCCCAAAAUCAAAAUCAACGAAAAUCAAAACUUUAAGGUUGCAUUUGGAUUUCACAGCUCAAGUAUGUUUGAGUUUUAAUUGUUUGAGAUUUAAUACACUGCGAUUUAAUUGUUCAGACUUAGAAAUCUGGCUCAUUAAACUAAACUUCCAAAAGCUGUUUUUAUCCUGCUAAAAUCUGAUGUUGUAUAAAAUGAAUAAGAAUGUGUAAAAAAAACUAACAGAGCUUUUUUUUUUUGUCCUAGAAGUGUUAGACUCUGUGCUCCCAGGACAGCAUUAUAUUUGUUAGUGGUUUGGAUUGUUUUUUGCUUCUAAGGCCAGGACAAGUAAAAGGACUAACUGAAGCCAUACCUGAGCAUUCCUAAUCUGUUGAGAAAUGACGCCUGAAAGGUAUGCACUAAGAGAAAAAAUGAGAAAAAUAGUUGACAUAGCAUGAUGUUCAUCUGAGAUGUUGCAUAUUUUAUUAGAGCAAUGACAGAAACUCCAUUGUUAAAAUUAAUCCACAAAUUUUGUAAUAUAGUACAUAAUUUAGUUAUUCCAUUAGAGAAAUGCAUAGUGUUUUUAGUGGGACUAUAUACUUAAAUGUAUUUACAGUGGAGGGGACAUGCAGUGUGGAAUUCAUCUUUCUAUGUGGCACAGUCUUCUUUCACGUGUUUAGACUUGGAACAGUGUGAUGCGUUUGCUAUGACUGCAUUUAGGCCAUGUAGUGUUAAAGUUGUAGGGACUGCAGACAGCACCAUUCACGUUAAAGUAGAGACUGUGCAAUGCUCAAAACAAUUAAGAGCCUCUUGAAAUAAUGCAUUUGCCUCUAACACUGUGACACAGGAACAGUUCUGUGAAGUGGUACAAAUCAUUUCUUCGUUCUAAACACAGAAGAGACUUUCUGCACACUACUACGAGGAAGUUCGCAUUCAAACUUUAGGUUAUAUAUCCCAAUCUAGCAAAGGCACAUCACAACUCUUAUUUUGCUUUCUGACCAAAAACUGUGCUCGAUUGUAAUACGGGUGUAUACUCUGUCAAAAUACCUAAAACUAUGGACUGCUUUCCAGGGUAGGUCAAACUGAUUUGUAGAGUAGAUUCAUAUAUAUUAAAAAUUCAGGUUGGGCUGUUAUGUGGAGAAGAAAGAACUUCAAGGUAACAUUCAACUUUAAUACAUUUAGUGAGCUGAAAGAUUUGUUUUAUAUAUAUAUAUAUUUACACACGCAUAUAUAUAUAUAUGAUACAUAUAAACUAUCUUUGUAAAAAAAAACAAAAAAUAUGCAAGUGCAAUAAUUUAAAGAGGUCUUAACUUUGCAUUUAUAAAUUAUAAAUACUGUACAUGGUGUGUAAUUUUUUUCAUGUAUUCAUUUGCAGUCUUUGUAUUUAAAAACAAACCUAAACCUUUACUAUUACGUUUGUACAAUAGAACAGUAAGCAUUUAUUAUGAUAUAGUUAAGUUGUAAAUAAAUUCACAAACCAAACAGCCAGUACAUAUGCAUAUAUGGGUGUCCUAUUGUGAAACCUGUUUUUGCUUUUACUGCUGACUUUAGCACAGCAAGACUACUUCUGUGGAUAUGUAAUUAUACAUAUAAAUAUAUGUAUGAUACAUAAAAUAUAUUUAGAAAUGUUCAUAAUUUUAAUGGAUAUAUCUAUACAUAUUCUUUGGUGUGAAUAUUACUGAAUACAGAGUUUUUUUAAUAUUA